CAAAACAUCAGUCCACAAACCAAUGGGUGAUGUCACGAAGACGACGUCCACUUCUUAUCUACAGUCUGUGAUUAACCAUUUAAUGAUCAGUGAUCGUACCUACUGGUUAGUCUGUGUUCUUGUGUGUUUUUAUGCUGCUAAAGUCUGAUCACCAUCUCUCCUCAGCCAUCAUGUAUGUGAUGGGAGCACUGGGUCCAGCAGCUGGUUACCUGCUGGGAGGAGUCCUCAUCGGCUUUUACGUGGACCCCAAGACCGUCGUCAACAUCGAUCAAAGCGACCCCCGCUUCAUCGGCAACUGGUGGAGCGGGUUCCUGCUGUGCGCCGUGGCCAUGCUGCUGGUCAUCUUCCCCAUGUUCACCUUCCCCAAGAAGCUGCCGCCCCGACACAAGAAGAAGAAGAGGAGGAAAAAGCUGAGCAUGGACGACAUGUCCAGCGACGACGACGUCCUCAAGGAGAAGAGCAACAACGGCAAGAGCCAGGCGGUCACCUCGUCCAUGGGCUUCGGGAAGGACAUCAAAGACCUGCCCAAAGCUGCAGUGAGGAUCCUCAGCAACGUGACCUUCCUGUUCGUCAGCCUCUCCUACACGGCAGAGAGCGCCAUCGUCACGGCUUUCAUCACCUUCAUCCCCAAGUUCAUCGAGUCCCAGUUUGGCAUCCCGGCCUCCAGCGCCAGCAUCUACACCGGUCUGAUUAUCGUGCCCAGCGCUGGCGUGGGCAUCUUCCUGGGCGGCUACAUCAUCAAGAAGCUGAAGCUGGGAGCUCGCGAGUCGGCCAAGCUGGCCAUGAUCUGCAGCGGAGUCUCCCUGCUCUGCUUCUCCACGCUGUUCAUCGUGGGCUGCGACAGCAUCAACCUGGGAGGAAUCAACAUCCCCUACACCACCGGACCGACUCUCACCAUGACCCAGAGGAACCUGACCGGAGGUUGCAAUGUGAACUGCGGCUGUAAAAUCCACGAGUACGCUCCGGUCUGCGGCUCCGAUGGCAUCACUUACUUUAACCCCUGCCUGGCCGGCUGCAGCAGCGUGGGCAACGACAGCACCGGGAUCCGCAACUACUCGGACUGCGCCUGCGUCCAGAGCCGCCAGAUCAUCACGCCGGCGUCGUCCGGCGGUCAGGGCGGCAACCAGCUGCAGCUCGUCAUCGUCAAGACCUACCUGAACGAGAACGGCUACGCCGUGUCGGGGAAGUGCAACCGCACCUGCAGCACCCUCAUCCCCUUCCUCAUCUUCCUCUUCAUCGUCACGCUCAUCACCGCCUGCGCCCAGCCCUCCGCCAUCAUCGUCACGCUCAGGUCUGUAGCGGAGCAGGAGAGGCCGUUCGCUCUGGGAAUGCAGUUUGUCCUCCUCAGGACUCUCGCCUACAUCCCGACGCCCAUAUACUUCGGCGCCGUCAUCGACACCACCUGCAUGCUGUGGCAGCAGGACUGCGGUGUCCACGGCUCCUGCUGGGAGUACGACGUCACCUCGCUGCGCUUCGUCUACUUCGGCCUCGCCGCCAGCCUCAAGUUCUUCGGCUUCCUCUUCAUCUUCCUCACCUGGUACUCCAUCAAGUACAAGGAGGAGCGGGUGGAGCGCUGGCUCAAGCGCCACAUGUCGCCCGUCGACACCGUGGGCAGCCUCGUGUGCCACCCGGGCGGCCACAAGGGCCACGCCCGCACCCGCUCGUGCCCCGUCAACAUCCCCCGGACCGACCCCAGCGCCCUACUGCCCGCCAACGCGCCGCCGCGCGCCGGCCCCCUCAACCGCGGUGUCAGCACCCAGAGUUGCCCCGGCAAUGAGCUUAAAGCAAUGACUCCUCCCCCUGCGGCCGCGGUGGCGCCGCCCGCACCGGCCCGCUCGCUGGAACACGUUUCAGUCAGAGUCUGAGUUUCAGAACGGGGGGGGCGAUGAUGCCGGUCUCACCCUCUGACAUUUAUUCUGAAAUCGUCCCGUGGAGGUCCUGCUCUCAUCUCAUCCUAAGUUUAGUCUACAUCCAACUGCCUCUGUGGCUUACACAAACCCUCAUUGACUCCUUCAGAACCUCCAGGUCUGCGGUCGAAUGAUGGAGAGUCUGACUCCUUUAGGACCCAACCAGCUCGGAGUUCCUCCUCUGACACCAAAACAUCUGCUAGGUUGGUGAAAGUGUUGAAAGCGACCGGGUUUGUUUUCUUUCCUGACCUCGGCAAUAUGUGCCUUCUGUCACCACGGUCCUCACAUGUACAGUAUACCUGCAAACACACUGGACGUCCAGACAGACUGUGCCCCCCCCCCUGUAAGAAUAACAGUCACCUGAACAGAUACCCCCCCCCCUCCACUUUACACCUGUGUUCCUUCUUUAUUUGUUUUUUUUAUGUACUUCACCAACAUGCAAGUGAUUUUUUUUCUUUUGUUUUUCCGGACACUGCAUAUCACAGCGCUCUCACGGAACAAAACAAAAACACAAAAAAACAAGAGAACCCUCGCAAGAGAACCCUGUGGAAAUGUGAUACACUGCAACUAAGUGUUAAGAACUGGAAACCGAUGGCAUGGUGCUAUGUGAACUAGUCGUGUACUAGUUAGUGUCCAUCUUUUCUUUCUUUUGGCUCAUGAUCUUCGGGUUAAACAGGCUUCAGAAGAACCGACCUGACAGCCGGUCACCGGGCGGAGCAGCUUGGCGUGCACAGAACGCAUUCCUGUCCGACUGCAAAAGGCCUUUUUGUUUGCUCCCCCGACACAAUGACGCGUAGUAUUACCGCUGGAAGUCGGGAUUGUUUGGCUUUUGCCGGCUCCACACAAAGCGUCCAUACAUCCGCGCUGCGUCCCUCCUGACUAAGCACCGUGAUAAGUGGUUUAACCUGAAAAGAACAGGAUCGGCUUUUUUGUAUUUCAUUUUUUCUCUCCCAACCCGCUGACCACAUUUCCCCGGCUGGACGAGUCGCCGAGGAUCCGUUCACUCGCCUGGAAGAAAUACGGUUAAGAUGCUCGGAGACGUUUUUUGGCAUUCUUUGACUCUCUGUGUUUGUGACUCUUCACCGGGAGAUGAGAGACUCAACCGUUCAUUUAGUCGACCGUCGUCUUCUAUUCUUCGUCAGCUCGUUGGUAUUUUGGGAUGGAUCCUGAGUGGGAAAUUUGCUAAACAAUUAACCAGUAGCCCCAGUGACUUAUGGGUAACGACUGAAUGGGAUUUUUGCGGUUCUCUUCGCCACAUGUCAGGUUAAAAGUGUGGAACGUAGAACAGAAGACAGAAGAAGCUCUAAUGUUCACUGUCGAGCUGCAGCUAGUGAUCGUUUCCUUUAUCUAUAAAUCAGCUGAUUAUUCUUUAAAGUAUAAUAUUUCUUUGAUCUAAAGAGAAACGGUGAAUAAAAUGUCCAUCACGUUUAUUCACGUUUGAGAAGCUGUGACUUUUAGAUGUUUAGCGUCUCGAUCGAUUAUCAGAAGUGUUAAAUUAACUUUGAGUGUUCUUCAGUUGACUGAUCGCUAAUGGUGUUAGCACUAGAUCGCUCCCCAGUGCAGGCCCAGCAGCUGAGGUAGUUCAUUUCAACAAUCACUUAUUACAAC